UAAGACAUGCCCAUCUUCCUCUCUGGAGUCAUACAGAAGUUUGAUACAACUGCCACGUGUUUAAAAUGAAAUAAAGGUGCUGAAUUUAUGCAACGUCAUUUUAAACAACAAACAGUCUACAUGUUGUAUUCUCAUCGUGGCUAGAGUACUGACAAUGCUGUUUUGGCAAUACAUUAUUGGUUUAAUGCGAGAGAGCCAUCCAUUGACAUUUAGAAUUGCACUGCGUAUUCAACUGUUUUCUGACGUUGAAGUAGACUUACAAUAUUAUUUAUUAUAAGGACUUUAACAGCUCGAGCGCUGGGACACAUGUGAGGGUUAUUUUUGAGUGAGCCGCGUGCAAGGUCUAAUCCACUGGUGGAUGCGGAGCAAGCUCCGGUAGCCUACGAGCUGUCCCCUCUAUUUCUUAAUGGCAAGACCCGACAAUGUCUGCCUAGCAUGGCUGUGGCUUCUGAACCGGAGACCCAAGGACAGUUAUGGCUUUUAGCCGAGUCUAUUCGGACCCCCUGUCCCGAGGCAUUUUCAAGAAAUUUGUGGUCAUGCUGUGUUCUCUCCUCACCUCCCUGUACCUCCUCCACUGCCUCACGGACCGCUGCAGCAGCAUGCCCACGCCGGUGAAAGCAUCCAGCCAAGUCGUGGGCUUCUUCGCCUCGGAACUACACGACUUGAGGUCGCUGAGGAGGAAAAGACUGUUACAGAAAUGGACCACAGGGUCCAUGCCGGGCUUGAGCUACGAGAGCGCCGACAACGCUAAACGCGCCUCCGAGUACUCCCGGUUCAACGAUGCUGAUACCGGACAGGUUUUGUACGAACCGGGACAUCAGGUGGACAGUGAUAACGAAAAGAACCGAGAACUGUCGCAUUAUACGCAGCCUUCUUUGGGUGAUAUAGUUUAUUCGAAGAGAUUAGCACCUCGGUUUAUGGUGAAGACGGGGAGUACAGGUAAACUCAGUCCGCUUGGAGACGGGACCAAGAAGCUUCCCCAGGCGAUGAUCAUCGGUGUAAAGAAAGGAGGGACGCGCGCGCUGCUCGAGUUCCUCCGCGUGCAUCCAGACAUCCGAGCUGUGGGAGCCGAACCGCACUUCUUCGACCGCAACUACGAGAAUGGGCUGGAGUGGUACAGGGAGCUGAUGCCCAAGACCCUGGAGGGCCAGAUCACCAUGGAGAAGACCCCCAGCUACUUUGUGACCAGAGAGGCCCCGGCCCGGAUCUCCGCCAUGUCCCGGGACACCAAGCUUAUUGUGGUGGUGCGGGACCCCGUCACCAGGGCCAUCUCUGACUACACGCAGACGCUGUCCAAGAAGCCCGACAUUCCCACCUUUGAGAGCCUGACCUUCAAAAACAGGACUACGGGGCUCAUCGACACAUCCUGGAGCGCCAUCCAGAUCGGCAUCUAUGCCAAGCACCUGGAUAACUGGCUGCAGUACUUCCCCAUGGGUCAGAUCCUGUUUGUGAGCGGAGAGCGUCUGAUAAGCGACCCUGCCGGAGAGCUGGGCCGGGUGCAGGACUUCCUGGGACUCAAGAGGAUCAUCACUGACAAACACUUCUACUUCAACCAGACCAAGGGCUUCCCCUGCCUCAAGAAGGCUGAGGGCAGCAGCAAGCCCCACUGCCUGGGCAAAACCAAAGGGCGGACCCACCCCAACAUCCACCCAGAGGUGGUGCAGAGGCUACGGGACUUCUACAGACCUUUCAACAUGAAGUUCUACCAGAUGACUGGACAGAUAUUUGGUUGGGACGAUUGACUGGGCCUCAAGUACUGGAUGCUCAGUGGAGAACACUGAGGACUAUUGACACUACCAAAUUACUGUGCGACAUCCACAAUACUAAGCCUAGAAGCAAUAUUUGUCAAUGAGAGAGAAGUAGCCUAAUCUGCUCUUACUGGUAAGCCAGAUAUUCAAUAUGUUUCACCCUGUUACGUAUUCCUCUAUCUGAACUGCCUCAAAACAAGUAUCAGCAGCCUACAAGAUGCUGGUUGAAUAAAAUGCAUAGAGCUGGAUUGUCCCUCAUAGAACAUGUGGUGGUUCCAAUACAGAAAGAUACUGUAGGUACUGUCUCUACAUCUCUACAAGGUUUUACCAGCACUAUCAGAGUGAAGUGUUUUCUGUUUGGAACCUUCCAGUGCUGCAAAAGACAAAUAUGCAGUCGUGUUACUGAAAUGUUUUUUGAAAUGGCACAGAGAGACGUUCGAUAUACAGUCUUGUCUGAGUGGUUCUAUGCCAUACUUUAAAGCAAACCUAGCCGCUUUGCAUUUUUUCUAGAAAAUAUUGAAAAAAAUAAAUACAUGUUAUUUAUUUAAGAUGAUGUACACAUGCAGUAUAUAAUAUACAUAUUUUGAAUAACUUUCUUCACUGAUAAUAUUAUUUCAUAUUAUGUUGUAUAUGCCUCUAGAGAGUUACAUUUGUUUUAUACUGUACAACAUAUUUUUUGCUUUAUCAAGUUAUUCAUUUUAAUUUGUAUAUUCUUUACAUUACAUUGAUGCGGUUACUACACCCUUUCCCGCUGAGCUUGCAAUUCCAAUCCUGUGAGGGUUUGUUAUUCCGAGGGUAGUUUCCCCACAUUCAUUUAAUGGAGUUAAUUGAAUUACAGUGUAGCGCGAGAGACAGAGCAAAGAUAGCACUUACUGGAUGUGUCCAAUGGCACCCUAUUCCCUACACAGUGCACUACUUUUGACCUGGGCCCAUAGGGAUUAGGGUGCCAUUUGGAUGGAUAAUCAGUCAGCUGUUGUAUCAUCAACAGCAACUCCUCAACUAAUGUUAUAACGAGACCUCCAGUGGGCCUAUCCAAAUGAUUCCUCAAAUUUCCUCUUCGACAUGCCUCCUUGUGAACUGAAUACAGUUGAUGUCAGUCUGCCUUCCUUGCCUCGGAGGCAUCCGUGGAUGGCGGUCUCUCUCUCUGUGUUAAGAAGAGCUAUAGCACAAUGGUGAAGUUGUGUUUCUGAUUUAUAUCUGCCUGGUUGUAUUGUAAGCUUCCAAAAGAUCCUCUCCUCUCUCAAAGCAGAUGUGCCUCAAAGGGACACUUAAUCAUGGUCAGUGUUUUCUAUAGGAGUUCAGUGGGAAACAUAAACCUUUUAUGCAAUCUGCCAUCCGUCUUUAUCAUACAUACAUACUGUUAUGGUUUUGUCUAUUUAAUUUGAAUUCAUGUUGGAUUGAUUAAGCACACUUUUAAUAAAAGAUAACAG